GCCAUGGGCCGCUCCGCUUGGGUGGCCGCGUUUCUUUUGCUGGCCUUCGCCAAAGAGCAGGAGGCUCCAUGCCAGGGCAAGGAGUGCGCCGAGCUGCCGGCGCGAGCACGCCGGCUCCAGGCAGAAAACCCGUGGUUCCGCAUCGGCUAUGAUGACAUGCAGUGCUACGCCCCCGGAGGCAUCGACAUGCGCCCGGCCAACACAGUGUCGGAGUGCCAAGAGCAGGCGGAGAAGGUGGGAUGGGAGUUCUACCAGUUCAACGACGCCACCAGGGGCUGCGCGUUGACGGACCACUGCCAGCGGGACGCCAUGGUGAAAGCGAGCGGCUGGAAGAGCUGGGGGAAGAACUGGUGCGUGCGCUGCGGGGAGUCGAUCUGGGUGCCGAAGCGGAAGCUGAAGAAGUGCUGCGAGGCGCGCGGCUUCGCGCGAGGCUUGCGAGAGGAGAACUUUCAAUAG